AUGGAAGAAUAUAAUCUCUGUUUGAAGAAGAGGGCAAAACCCCCCGGCCAGAAGCAUAUAAGCGGAGAAGGCUCGGGCAGCCAGACCAAGUACCGCGGGGUGCGGCGCCGACCCUGGGGCAAGUUUGCGGCGGAGAUCCGCGACUCAAACCAGCACGGCGUCCGUGUGUGGCUGGGCACCUUUGACACCGCCGAGGAGGCGGCGGCGGCAUAUGACCGCUCCGCCUACUCCAUGCGCGGCAGGAACGCCAUCCUCAACUUCCCCGACCAGGCGCACGUCUACGAGACCAACGCAUCGCGUGAUGGUGGCGGUGCUGGUCCUUCUGCGUCGGCGGCCAGGACGAAGGUGAUUGAGUUGGAGUGCCUAGAAGACGGUGUGCUGCAGGAGACAAAUGUCAGCAGCGCUGCUUUCAUGCAUAGAGGUGCAACUGGAGGGAAGAAGAUGCACUAA